AUUGCUUUCUCCUCCUAUAACAAAAAAAAUUGUAAAACCCUAAUCGAUUUAGGUUUGUGAUUGUGAAUUUGUGAUCGCCUCCAUCUUCUGCUGUCACUGUAGUGUUCUACGAAAUCAUGGCUCCAAAGAAGGACAAAGCUCCACCACCUUCCUCAAAGCCCGCCAAAUCCGGUGGUGGCAAGCAGAAGAAGAAGAAGUGGAGCAAGGGUAAGCAAAAGGAGAAGGUUAAUAACAUGGUGUUGUUUGAUCAAGCUACUUAUGAUAAGCUUCUCUCUGAGGCUCCCAAAUACAAGCUCAUUACUCCUUCUGUUCUGUCCGAUCGUUUGAGGAUUAACGGAUCACUUGCAAGGAGAGCCAUAAGAGAUCUGAUGGCUAGAGGUUUAAUCAGGCUGGUAUCUUCCCAUGCAAGUCAGCAGAUUUACACCAGAGCUACAAACACCUAAAUUUUAUGCAGCUCAUAGUUUAUGUUGUAUUGAGAUUUGAUGAGUAGUAAUUUCUCUAUCCUUGGAUAUGUAUCUCAUUCUAUAAUGCAUUAGUGUACUUGUUUCUAAUUCGAUGGUUUGUUUCUUUUUUUUUUUGUCAAUGGUAACAUACAAGACUUCCGCA